GAUGAAAGUCCAUCAUGCAGGUGUCCGGAAGUACCGGCUUGGGACUUCCUGUGGCAUAACGUGUGGACCAAGUUUUCACCAUUUCUAGUUACAGAAAUGUGGAAAGCAUCGUCUGCUAGGAUUUCGGUUAGAUCACAAUGUGCCAAGUGUCGCAGGUUCUUCAGCAACACCAAGAAUCAACAGGCUAAUGGGGGAGGAGCACAGCCCACUCCCCCACCCCCACCUCCUGCAGAACCAAGCAGUGGAGGUGGAGUAUUCUUCAAGCUCCUGGGUCUCACCACACUGACAACGGGCGGUGUUGUGGGAUAUGCUUGGUAUGAUCCAAGCUUCAAGAAGACCCUGGAGGACAAUGUCCCCUACUCCAAGGAUGCCUUCGGCUAUAUCUUUCCUUACCUCCCUGAUGCAGCAUCCUUCAAACCAGUUGAAGCUCCAGUUCCCAGUAUGGAAGUGAAACCCCUAGAUUCAGCAGUAACAAAGCCACCUCAGAAGCCAACUCCCGCCUCCCAGUCAGCACCUAAACCUGCCCCAAAGAAAGAAGAGAAGGUAGAUCCAGCCGUGGAGAAGGAACGACAGAAAAGAGAGACUGAAAGGCGAUUGAAAGAAAAAGAAGCUGACGAAGCAGCCCAAAAUGCAGCCCUGGAGGUGAUUCUAGAGAACUUGUCAGAAUCCACAAGUGAGCUGGUAAAACAGGCCAUUGAUGUCCAGAAGAGAGUUGUUGACACCACAAAGAAGCACACACAGCUCCUCAGGAAGGCUAUGGAUGACUCGAAGGAGAUACUACAGAAAGACAGUCAGUGGCAGGAUGUAUCAACAGCCUUUGAGAAUCGGGGAAGAUACUUUCAAGGAAUCCAAGAAAAUUGUCGAAUCAUCCAGGUAGAACAAAACUUGGAGAAAUUACGUGCUGCUAUUGCCGAUGGUAAACAGAAUGUGGUCACAAAGAGGAACAAGGCUCUGAUCUCGGCACAGGAAUAUCUCAACAAGCAUCAGGCAGAGCUAAGUCAGGCUUCUUCCCAGGUUUCAAAGGCGGAGUCUGAGGCGAAGGUGAUGUCACGUUACAAGGACCUGGUGGACAAAGGAAGGAAGCAGUUCCAGAAGGAACUGGAGAGCAUCAUGCCUGAUGUGAAACUAGGGGACAAGAAAGGUAAGAAGCUGACAGAGGAGGAACUGAACUCCCUGAUCGCCCACGCCCACCGCCGUAUAGAACAGCUGCAGAAACAGCUGGCGGAACAGCUGGCCCUGGAGUCGCAGCACAUCGACAAGGCUCUGGAGCAGCAGGUGAAGGAAGAUGAGAAGCUGGCCGCACUGCGUGUCAAGAUAGAGUCAGAGAAGAUGAAUGCGGACUUCAGCGUAGAAAAGGAAAAAUGGGCAUCUGAGGCUCGUGUGGAGUUUGAGCAGGAACUUCGUCAGCAGUUAGCCAGGCAAGCUGCCGCCCACAGCGACCACCUGAAGGAUGUGUUGAAGGUGCAGCAGGAAGAGUUAGACAAACAGUUUGAGCGGGAGAUGCACACUCGCACCCUGGAGGAACGACAGACCUUCCAGACAGAGGUGGCUGGAUGGAUUGCACGUCUCAAGGGCAUUGAGGCAGCUGUUGAUGGUCGAGCCGAGGCUGAGAAGAUUGCCCGAAAUGCACAAGAGCUAUGGUUGGCCUGCAUUGCCCUCAAUGGGGCAGUCCGUCUUGGUCGAGAAGAGGGGGUAGAAUGGGAAGACAAGAUAAAACCAUUAGCCAAUGAGAUUGCAACAAUUUCAGAUGCAUCAGGUCAGCAUCCAUUUGUAGAAACAGUCAUUCGUACAAUUCCUGAGGAGGCGCUGAUACGAGGAGUGUGGACAGAGGAGAGUUUGAAGGAGAGAUUCCCAAAAGUGAAACGGAUCUGCAAGAGAGUCGCCAUGGUUGAUGAAACAGGAGGAACCUUGUUCAAAUAUUUCCUUUCUUACAUUCAGUCCUUCUUCAUAUUUAACGCUGUUUAUGCUAAGUCUCUUGAUGACGAAAUUGACUUGGAUAAAUUUGACACGUUUGCAAUUCUAGCACAUGCUGAAUACUGGCUUGAGAAAGGAGACAUGGACCAGGCUAUUCGCUUUCUGAAUCAGCUUCAAGGAGCUCCAAAAAGGGUGGCGUCUGAUUGGAUAAAAGAGGCAAAGUUGAUGUCCGAGACAAGACAAGCAGCGUAUGCUUUGAUGGCUUUUGCAUCAGCUAGUGGGUUAGGGACAUUGUUUUAACUCUAGAUUCAUUAUUUAGACUGAAGUCAGGACCAACACUUGUAUUUUCACAUGAGUGCUAUCAGGAGGAUAUUGAUGUAAAUACUCCAGACAGUAGGCACUGCUUGGUUAGAGCUUCAUUUCCAUAAUAAUUAUGAAAUGAUUCUGAUCUUUAAAGCUGAGUUUGGUGUGGAAGGGAGAAGAUUGGAUAUCUAAGGCAUGGUGCAGGGUUUGAAGAAAACAGUAUUGGUGCUGUAUGUGGUGAAGAGGAAGGAAAGUAAAAUCUAUUAAAUUUUCUGCCACAAUGGUGAUAAUUGUUUUGUUUCUAGAAAUGGAGAAUUAAGCCAUAAUUGCCUUUCUGAGAGUGUAAAUGUAACAUAUUUAAUUAUGCAAGAAAUGUGUGAUGAUCUUACUGAUAGUCGUAAGGUGUGAGUUUAAGUGCUGAAUUCUUGUACAAAAUGAAGUUGCAUGUGAUAUAUCCUCCGGGGAUGUUUGUGAAUAAAUCCCAAGUUACUCUCA